UAUGAGUCAAGACACAAAAAUAAUUAAACGAACUUAAUUUACACCUUAAGAGUCAGAUAUAAAAAAUAUACUUCCAACAUAAGGAAAAUCAAAAGAAGAGAUGCGAAUCUUUUUGUUUGAGUUUUUUGGAAUGGCUUUAUUUGCUUAUGGGUAAGAGGGUAAAUUGUAAUUGCUAGAAUCAUAUGUUCAUAAGGAUCUGAUGAGUUUUUAGCCUUAUUUUUCUUUGCAUCAGUAUGUUUGGCUGCACCAUUUUCAGGAGCACAUGUUAAUCCUGCCGUUACUUUAGCUAUGCUUAUUUCAAGAAGAAUAAAUUUUGGAUAAGCAGUGCUAUAUUGGUUAGCAUAAUUUACAGGAGCUUUAUGUGGGGCUUGCUGUUGCUAUUUAAUAUUGAAUGAAGUUGAUAGUCCUUAAGUAAAGAGUACAGAAUACAGUUGGAUAUUAUCUGAUGUAAGUGGUGAAGCAUUUGGAACAUUCACAUUUAUUCUUUUUAUUCUAAUAUAGACAGAUUCAGAGACUACUUUGACUCCUGAAGGAUAACCAAUGACAACUUAUGUUCUGGUAGCGUUGGCGUUGUAUUUUUCAAGAGGAUUUACAUUUCAUUCUGGAGGUACAAUAAUAUAUUGAAUUAACUAAAGGUUGUUUGAACCCAGGAAUGGCAGUGUCUUUAUAACUCUUUUAAUCAUUUUAAACUGGUGAUAGAUAGAGAAUGGAAUUUCUAUGGGUUUUUGUAGGAGGUCCAUUAGGAGGAGGUUUUGGUGCUAGUGUGUUUUUUGAACUCUUUUAUAAAAAAUAAAUUAAGAGACUGUGAC